AACUCCAUCACAGAACAAAUGUUUUUGGGUGUUGAAACGGGACACGCCCCCUAAGUUUGACACCAUCUAAACCAGGAGAGCUGUCGGCAGUCAGUACAAGACACAGGAAAGUCCAACCAGUCAGAUCCACGCAAGGUGGAAGACGUCAAACAGUGAAAACAUUUCUAAAGAGGCUCCAAUCUCCUUUCGCCACGAUGGGGGCUGCCAUCUCUCGGUGGAAGGCCAAGCCUUCCACUGUGGAGAUUUUGGAGGGACUAGAUAAGGACAUUCAUCUUUAUGAGGAGCACGGUGAAAAAUACCAAAGGCAGCUGAAGUUCUGGCUUGGCCGACUGCUUAUGUACUCUGCGGUUCUCUACCUCAUCACCUGCGCAGUGGUGUACUGCUGGUACCUACCAGAACAGCUCAUGGGGCGCUUUAUUCUCGCUCUUCCCUUUGUUAUCUUUCCUUUAUUAGUGUGGUUGCUUCGAAAACUCCUGAUAAUAAUAUUCUCACGAAGAUUUGAAAAGAAUAAUGAAAAACUGGAGACGCUUAAAGUGCAAAAGAAGAAAAUACUUGCAGAAGUUAUGGAAACCGAGACAUAUAAGAAUGCAAAGAUGAUUCUGGAAAGAUUUGAUCCCGAUUCCAAGCGGAGAAUUGAACUUGAAUCGACUCCACUCGGACCCCAGAUGACGCCAAAAGCAGGCCAAGAGCUCCGCCAGCGCAAUGUCAUCCCAAAAACCCCGGCGGCGGUCAAUCCCGCCAGCGGCGUAGCGGGCCGCCCACCUCUUUCCAGCGGGCCCGGACGAUCGUCCCACUCUGCUCCGGGAGGACCCCCAGAGAGGUUCCUGUCGGCCGCGGCUGCUCAGGAGAGCUUGAUGAGAAAGACCAUGACCCCUGGAACACCUGCUCCAGGAUUUGGGAUGCACCCGCCGGGCCCGCCCCUGGCCAGACCAGUACUACCAAGAAACAGGGGGGCUAUGGACAGAGUCCUGGAGUACCUUGUUGGAGAUGGCCCACAAAACAGAUUCGCUCUGAUAUGCCAGCAGUGUGUGUCCCACAAUGGCAUGGCGUUAAAAGAGGAAUUUGAAUACGUCGCCUUCCGAUGCGCAUAUUGUUAUUUCCUCAACCCUGCAAGGAAGAGCAGACCUCAAGCACCCAGACUUCCCGAGGUCACUGGUGAGCUCAAGAUGUCUUCGGAGGCACCCUCCUCAUCAUCCACUGCCGAUGAAGACUCCCCGCAACCUCUUAAAGGGGACAUACAACAUGCAACCCCCCCGACCCCGCCAGGGUCCAGUCUUGACUCAGAGCCCGAAAGCACUCCCAAGUCACAAGACGAGCCCUCUGAGAAAUCAGAUGGAGAGCAGGAUUUGUCUGCCAUGGAUGUGGAGUAAAGAAAGCGCAUUUCACAUCAUCUGGAACUUUGUCGAAACCGAUUGAAAGAGGAAAGGCCGUCGUACCCGUCGGGUUUGACUGUAUUCGGCCUUUUGCUUUGGCGAGCCUUUUUAUCGUAGCGCGUGUGGUAGGAAACUCCUCACCAAGCAAUUGUCGGAUCCUCUGUAGUUUUGUCAAGCUGGAUUUAUACAGGUUUACCUCCGUCAUUGAUGUCACGUCUUACUAGAAAAGUGUUUCUGGAAUGCAUUUUUAUUUAUAAAGUCUAUUUACUGCUGUGCCUUAGCUAUGUUGACUUUCAUAGCAAAGUGGUGCAACCAACAUGUUUACACGCGACGGUACAAUAGAAAGCACUAGCAAUAUGUAUUUAUUUCCACAAAGAGGGAAGGGAGACUAACGUUGGUACUGCGCACCCGCUGGACGUGCCUUUUACAUUUUAAAUGGCUUCCUCUUGUGUAUUUUGUGAUGUAACCUAUUUACAUUUUGACAAUCUCUUUAAAUGUUUUCACUCAAGUGAAUGGAUGUGUGUUUGCUGUGAAUGUGUCAGUUUAAGUGUAAAUAAUAUGAAAAUAAAUUUUUGAGAACA